UGUCAGUGUCAUAUCAUAACAAAACACGUCGGCAAGGGCGAUUUUGUUUUUAUUUUCUUCACAGUGGUUUCUAAUUAAAUAUAUUUCAAAAACAAAAACUAUUUUUUAAGCAGAAAAGAAACAUGGUAGAAACUAGUCAUAAGUACAGCAUAUUGCUACCAACUUAUAAUGAAAAGGACAAUCUACCAAUAAUAAUAUGGCUAAUAGUGAAAUACAUGCAAGAUAGUAAUUUCAAUUAUGAAAUCAUAGUAAUCGAUGAUGGUAGCCCCGAUGGAACCUUGGAUGUUGCUAAAGAUUUGCAAAAAAUCUAUGGCGAGGAUAAAAUUCUUCUACGCCCGAGAGCAUCAAAACUCGGUUUGGGAACGGCCUACAUUCAUGGAAUCAAGCAUGCCACAGGAGAUUUUAUUGUAAUAAUCGAUGCUGAUUUAAGUCAUCAUCCAAAGUUCAUACCACAAUUUAUAAAACUUCAACAAGAACACGAUUUGGAUAUAGUCUCAGGAACCCGAUACGAAGGCAAUGGUGGUGUUUAUGGUUGGGAUUUCAAGCGAAAACUUAUUUCACGUGGAGCUAAUUUCUUAUCACAACUCUUGCUUCGUCCUAAGGCAUCCGAUUUGACAGGAUCUUUUCGUUUAUAUAAAAAACAUGUCCUAGAAAAAUGUAUUUCUAGUUGUGUGUCUAAGGGAUAUGUCUUUCAAAUGGAAAUGCUUGUUCGAGCUAGACAACAUGGCUUCACUAUUGGUGAGGUUCCCAUUACGUUUGUUGAUCGAGUUUAUGGAACAUCAAAGCUGGGAGGGACGGAGAUUAUUCAAUUUGCCAAAAAUUUACUUUAUUUGUUUGCAACAACAUAAAAAUAUUGAUUUAAGUAAACAUUAAAUUUUUCUUUUGUAGUAAAUAA